CGGGAACCCUUCCCCAGCUCCCAAAGAAGAUUUUGCUUCCGAAGCGAACUCUCUGUAUGCGUCCGCGAUUGCUCUACAUGUGUCAGCCAAGCGGCUAUUGAAGUGAGCAUACAGCCGUCACGUCAAAAUGUAUAUCAAGCUUGGGGUUCCCAGCUCGGCAUCGGGAGUGAGAAGGUAUCAUCAUCAUCGAACAAAACUCAACUCGGCACAGACACUCGCAACGCUCACACAUAUAUACUCCCUGGGUUUGGAGUCUCAAGCUUGUUCUCUUGCCUCCCCCCAAUACUCAUUCUUUUCCCCCGAUACCAACCAAGAAUCACUCUGGCCAGUGAAUCAACGACACAAUGCAGCUUACCAAGACUCUCCUCUUCGCUCUCAUCGGCACGGCCUUCGCGGCUCCCACUGAGAAGCGUCAGGCAUCGGUCAUCCAGGCCGCCGUCAACUCAGUCCAGGGCUCCAUCACCAAGCUCGACACCGCCGUCAAGGGCGUCGGCGACGACAUCUCUACCGCGCAACCCGUCCUGGCCGCCGCCACCGACCUCGACACUGCCAUUAAAAAGGCUGGGUCAGACAUCGGGGCCGCCCAGCCUUUGCAACUCCAGGAGGCUCUUGGCCUCCAGAAUCUCGCCACCCAGCUCCAGACCUCGACCGGCACCCUGAUCGACGACAUCAUUGCCAAGAAGCCCAACUUUGACAAGCUCGGCGUCUCCAAAGUCGUCCUCCAGAACCUCCAGCAACAGAAGUCCACCGUUGAGACCCUCGGCAGCUCUCUCAUCUCCAAGGUCCCCGCCAUCGGUCAGGGCAUCGCUCAGCAGGCCAUCGAUAGCGUUGGCGCCACCAUCGACAAGGGAAUCCAAGCCUACUCAGGUUCCGCCGCUGCCGCAGUCGCCAACGGCGCUCUACCAGCGGCUAAACCCGGCGAUAGUACCGCCGCUUCUUCAGCUGCUGCUCCCGCUACGCCCAAGUCCCCUGCCCCUGCCCCGAAUACCCUCGCCACUGCUCCGAAGGCUGCCGAUGCUGCCCCAGCCGGGGGCAUCGGUAACUUGCUUGGGGCUCUUGGCGGUGCAGGUGGCGCAGGUGGACUUGGUAGUCCCACGGGAGGUGCAGCUGGUGGUGCUGGCGGCGCUGGAGGGCUCGGCUCUCUUCUCGGUUUGCUCGGCGGCGGUGGUGGUGCUGGCGGCGCUGGAGGACUCGGUGCUCUUCUCGGUCUUCUCGGCGGUCUCGGCGGUGCUGCGCCGUAGGCGAAGGCGAGGGUGGUGGAUAUGGCAGAGGUUGGGAAUUAAGUUUCUGACCAGGAUAUACUUUGCAGCUUGUUAAUUUGUAGCAAAUCAUCAUUGCAGCUUUCUUUCGACU